CAGGCUGUCAUAUUCAGUUUCCUUGAUAAUCUCUGCUUUCUCUCUCUCUCUCUGAGUGUGACCUCAGCUGUCAAUGUACAAAUAUAUGAAUAUGAGUGAGCAAUUGCUUCCUCAACGCCAAAAUCUAUUGGCUACUCUCUCAUAUUAAGCGAAUCAACCCUCAAGCUUCAUUCAUUCAUUACUCUUUCAUUCAACAUGGAUCCGUGCCCCUUCGUGCGGAUUCUCGUCGGAAACCUCGCCGUAAAGUCUCCGGCGUCGUCCAAACAUUCUUCGUUCUCAGGCAAGGUGCAUCCUUCAACUUCUUCCUUAUUCUGCAAGAUUCAACUGAAGGGAGUGGAUUGUGAGGAAUCCCUUUCAGGCAGCAACGUCUGCAGUGUUCCUCUGAUAACGGAGUUGGACCCGCAUCCUCGGUCACUGGCGGCAUCCUUCGAUUUCUCCAAACCUAAAAUCAUGAAAGCGUCAAAGAAAGCCCAAAUAAAGAUAUUGGUGUACAAGGGGGCGGCCACUCCUUCCUGCAUCUUCACCUCCGCCAAACUAAUAGGCAAAAUCUCCAUCCCCCUCGAUCUAACCCUCGCCGAAUCACGCGCCUGCACUUUCCACAACGGUUGGCUCCCCCUUACCAAAACCACCAACCAGGUCCAGUUACUUCAUUUAACUGUCCGGGCCGACCCGGACCCGCGCUUCGUCUUCCGCUUCGACGGCGAACCGGAGUGUAGCCCCCAGGUUUUCCAAAUCAAAGGCGACGUCAAGCAACCCGUUUUCACUUGCAAGUUCAGCUUCAGGGACAAGAAUCCCGCUCACUUCCCCUCGCCCAACGCUAACAGUACCGCCGAGCGAAAAGGAUGGUCCAUCACCGUUCACGACCUUUCCGGCUCGCCGGUCGCCGCCGCCUCCAUGGCCACGCCCUUCGUCCCUUCCCCGGGUUCGCAGCGGGUCAGCCGCUCCAACCCCGGGGCCUGGCUCAUAAUCCGCCCCGACGGAGACGGCACGUGGAAGCCCUGGGGCCGCCUUGAGGCCUGGCGCGAGCCCAACAAUUCCAACGCCGUGGGCUACCGAUUUCAAAUCCUCCCCGCCACCGCUGACCCAGUCACCCUCGCAGGGUCCACCAUCAGCUCCCAACACGGCGGGAAAUUCACCAUCGACGCUACCUCCGGCGUCACUCCGUUGAACACUCCGCGCGGCAGCUGGGAUCUCGGGUCUGGUUCCGGGUCCGGGUCCAGUUUAGAUUUCGGAUUUGAACCGAAUUCGGUUUUUAACAAGGGGUUUGUGAUGUCAGCGACAGUGGACGGUGAAGGAAAAUGUAGCAAGCCCGAAGUGGAGGUUGGGGUACAGCAUGUGACUUGCACAGAAGAUGCUGCUGCUUUCGUUGCUCUCGCGGCGGCCCUGGAUUUGAGUAUGGACGCUUGCAAGCUGUUCUCCCACAAACUCCGGAAGGAGUUAAGGCAGUAGAUUCUGGAUUUUCUCUUUUCGAGGUGAAUUCCUCUGUCAUUCUUAAGGCUCUGUUCUGUGACCAUUUUGGAGAGACGAAAGACUCAGUUUUUUUUUUUUUUUUUUCUUUGGAGUUUUUUUGAGUUGGAGUGAAGAUGUACAGUUAGGAAAUUAUUUGGCAUUUUUUUUAGUACAGACAUAGAGUUUUGAAUUUGUUUUUGAUGAUCUUGUAUUCUUUUAUUCUUCGUUUUUUAUGAAGAGUUGCUCUGUACAGAGUUCUUAAUUGAUGUCUGGUGUGCAUCAGAAUCCUAUGUGAUAUGAGUCCAUUCGUGCGUGAUCUCUGAUACGAGGAUUUACAUUUAUUAUUUUUUUACCUUCUCGUAAUAAAGAAAUGAAUGUAAAUAUUUGGAAAGGGAAAAGCACUUAGUAGCAAAGCAUAAGGCCAGGCUGUAGACAGCCAAAA